GGUGGGCGGGAUGGCAGGGGAGCAGCAUGGAGCGGCGGCACAUGGGCGGGAUGGAAGGCAGGGCGCGUGAUGGCCAUGGAGGGCAGCAGGAGGUGGAGCUUAGAGGGAGCGCCCCGGGACACAUGGGCAGUGCAAUGGAGCAGGGGGAACCGAAUAUCUCUGCCAUGGCGUCGCUGAUGGGAGGGGGCGAUUCCGUGGCAGACAGCACGACGGUGUCUGGCAGCGGGGGCACGGGCGUGGGCGCGGGCGCGGGCGUGGGGUUGCUGGAUGUGCUGCGGGGAGGGGUGUGGCGGAGGUCAGUGUCUGUGGACGGGGCAGGGCGCGCGCAGGGCAGGCCAAGCAGGAAGCAGCUGCUGGGGCGAGGGGAGGGGGGGGAGGAAGGGCAGGGGGAGGGGAGCAAGGAGGGCGAGAAAGACUUUUCAGCUGAAGGGAAUGGCACGAUAGCAGGUGAAUGGCCUGCAGCUGAGCCUGGCCGCAGAGGUGAGGACGCAAGGGCGCAGGAUAUGGGAUUGUGGGAGACGGCAGGGAGGGAGUCGAGAAGGGUGGAGGGAGAGGCGGAGGAGGAGUGUGAGGAAGGGGAGGAGGAGAUGAUUGCAGCUGAGGCGUUGUGCUACGGGCCCCUGGCAGAGGUGAACCUGGGCGGCCACGUGCACACACGCAUGCGCAUGCUGCACCUGCUGCCCCACGCGCUGCCAUCGCUCGCUGACAGCUGGCCACUGCCUGCCGACCAGAGCAGCGUGCAGGCAGCUGAGUCAGCGCAGGGAGGGGAGGGGUCAGGGAUGGAGAGAGGCAGAGAGGCGGGUGAUGGCGAGGCAGCAGCAGGUGGCGAGGGUGCGAGGAGUGGCGCAGUGGAGGAGCAGCAAGUGCUGCCUCCACUCAAGUCCCCCUCAGCAGCUCGCCUCUUCAGCUUCGGCUCUCCCUUCCUCUUCUUCACCUCAACCCCCCGACCAUCCCCUGCACCUGCUGCCACUGCCGAACCUGCGUCGCUACCAGCAGCUGCAGCAGAGCUGCCAGCACCAGAGCUCUCAAUGGAAGCACCAGAAGCAACACCCGACCCCGCACCUGCUACCGCUUGCCCUGGCUCCAGCCAAAGCGUUCAGCCUCCUCCCGCGCCCGCGGGCACCAAGGACUCCUCGUCACCCGUCUCCCCAUUGGACCCCCUCCCUGCCGACGCCCCUCCUGCGCCCAAGUCCUUCCUUCUGCCUCCCUUCCUGCCGGCCAAGCCCCUCCCCGCCACCUCGGGCGUGGGCCCAGGCAAUGCAGGCGUGGGAGCGUUCCUGCGGCGGCCGCUGCUCUUCUUCCGCACACUGUCCCUGCAGGAGCGGGGCGAGCCGCUGCUGCACAAGGCGUACGGGGAGGAGGGGGGGGACGAGAUCGACUGGGACAGGCGCAAGGCUCUCGAGGCGGAGCAGGAGCAUCCCCUUUAUAAGCAGCCUUCAGAGGAACAGAAGGCAGCGAGUGAGUCGCAGGAGGAGCCGGUGUCUCCUUCGGCGUCGAGUGUGCGGGAGCUGUUUGGGGACGAGUUCCGCGUGGGCCACUGGGAGCGCCGCCAGGUGGACAGUCGCGACGGCGGCGCACGGCUGUGCGCGGAGGUGUUCCUGGCGUCCGUGGACCAGUGCCACGCGAGCGCUGCGGGCGAGGGCGCGUGCGCGCUGCUGGUGGCGCACAUAGCGGCGUGGGUGCACGCGCACGGGGUGGGGGUGCUGCCGGGGCAGGCGGAGCUGGACGAGCUCAUCCGCGCCGGGUCCGCGGACUGGCGGCGCCUCAGGGGGCUCAGGGACUUCCACCAGCGCUUCCCCGACGGGCACUUCGACCUCGAGACCGUGCUGGACGCCGUGCAGCACACCGAGGGGGGCGUGCCGGCAGAUGACGAGGCAGCUUGUGGGGGGGAGACAGUGAGUGCAGAGGCCAAGGGCAGUGGACAGGACACGGUUAGUGGAGAAAGCAAGGGGCUUGAUGGCACGCAUGGUGCAAGCAGCAGCAGCAGCAGCAGCAGCGCUGCUGUGACCGCACCUGUGCAGCGUCUGCCACUGCGUGUGGUGCCGAGCCGGUCGUUCGUCGGCUUCUUCCACCCGCCCAGCCUGGCAGCGAGGCGGGCCAAGCAGGAGGAGGAGGCUGAAAGGGAGAGCGGCGGAGGGGCAGAGGCUGAUGCAGCGGAUGUGUGCAGGGAAGGAGCAGGAAGGCGGACGGUGGAGGGGAACGAUGCGGGCACUGAGGAGACGGGUGGGGAAAAGGAUGGGGAAGUAGCGGAGGAGUGCAAGUGCAGGACGCACGGCCCAGGAGGGAAAGGAAAAGACGGCAAGGGGAUGUUGGGGGGAACAACAGAGCAGGUUGCUGGCAGUGUGGAGCCGACAGAGAGUUCACAGGGGAAGGCUCUGCAGCAGCUGAGUCUCCUGGAGGGCCUGCUGUCGUUCGAUGACAUCUGGGACGCCGUGGUGCGCGCCGGCGAGGGGGUGUACAUUGUGGCGUGGAACGACCACUUCUUCCUGCUGCUCCUGCGCCACCCCCACCCGCAGCAGCGGCAGCAGGGGGGGGGUGGUGCAGAGCAGGUAGCAACAAAUGUACAUGUGGGGGAGAAGCACGGGGAAAGCAGAGGCAAGGGCGGUACAGGGGAGGGCAGCAGAAGCAGUUUGGGCAUGGAGGGCGAGGUGGUGGGCGGGGAGGAGGUGGAGUGCGUGGUGAUCGACACGCUGGGGGAGCGGCUGCACGAGGGGUGCUCGCAGGCCUUCAUGCUGCGCUUCGACGCCUCCACCUGGGUGGACGUGGGCCGCGCACAGCCGGGGCUAGCAGCACAGGAGGGCACAGCAGGGGAAGGCGCAGCAGCAGGGAGUACAGGAGGAGAAGAGACUGCUCAAGGCAAGGGUGGUGAUGAGCAGGAAAGAGGGCUGCGUGCAGACGGUGCUGGCAGCAAGCAUGGCAGCAAGGCGGACAAGGUAGAUAAGGCAGACAAGGCGGACAAGGCAGGCGAGGCAGAGCAGGCAGUCAAGGCCGAGGAUAGGGCAGGUGGCACGGGGGUUAAGGGUGGCAAGUCAGAGGCAGGGAGGCGAUGGGGGAUGAAGGUAAGCAAGAGCAGUGGGAAGGCAAAAAGGGGCAGUGAGGUGGACUGUGGAGCAGAGGGAGAGCGGCGUGUUGUGGAGUGUGGUGGGAGUGGUGCAGCAGGUGCGGCAGAGGGGGUGGGCAGAAGGGGAGACGAAGGGGCAGCAGCACAUGGAGUGCAUGUGGCAGUGGUUACAGAGGCCAUGGCAACAGGAAGUCAGCCGAGACAAGGCACCGAAUCACUCCCUGCCAAUAGUGACUGCUCUCCUGGUGCCUCCACUACCGUUCCGCAACACGUAAUUAGUCAGUUGACAGACAACUGCCCCCUGCCAUUUAACAAAGAGUCAGCAUCCACUGCAGCUGAAUCAACGCCACUUACAGCACUGCAUGCAGCUGAGUCAGCAUGCCCGCCGCCACGCUGCAACAGUCCAUCACAGACACCCAGAGGCGAGACGUGUGCCAGCACCACAAUUCUUGAUGGGUGGGCGAGCAAUAGGCAGCCCACCCAUACUUCGCUGUGCACUGCUGGCUCUUCUCCCUCCUCCACCACCACCACUGCCUCCACCUCUGCCUCUCCUCCCACAUCUCCCUCCCCUCCCUGUGCCGGGGAGGGUGAGGCAGCAACACUGGCAACAGCGCGCAGGGUGUGGGGAGCAGAGGCGUGCCGGGAGUACCUCAAGGCGUUCCUGGCCGCUGUGCCCCUGGCGGAGGUGGAGAGCGAGGCGAGCAAGGGGCUGCUGGCCUCGCCUGAAGCCAUUCUCCGCCGCCUACAGGUGGAGUUCCACUUCACCCACCUGCAAUGAAUGCUUCACCCACCUGCAGUGAAGACCUCAUCCAAAUGCUCCGAAGUCUUCUCCCAGUUGCUCUGAAUACAUGGCACACUGGACCAUUUGGCCUUGCACACACAUCUGCCCAUUGGCAGAAGAGUUUUGGGGAAAUGUUAAUAUUUUCGCUUUUAUGACAACCGCAUGUGUUUAUUUCAAUAUGUACGGCCAUGAACAGGGCAUAAGAUUCGUUUUAGGGUACGCUGAUCAGCAUCCCCCUCCCCUGUGAGGAAUUCUGAUUCCUUACUGGGGCUCGCCACAGCGAGUACACGCGAACCUCUCGGGUCCGCAGGCUCGGCCCUUGGUUCUCGCGCCAAACCAGCCCCCGUCGACCUCGUCGGACCCAACCUCAUCCCGAGUCGCCCCGAACCCAUUUUGACCCCGUCACCCUCGGGACUAUCGAGCCCUUGACUGGUCCAACCCUCGAUAUUCAACCCCGGUCAAUUGCCCUAUAUAUUGCCUAGGCCUCAUUUCUAUCAACAUUAUGUAGAAUUCCGCAAUCACGUUCCCCUAUAGUAUUCUACGCUGUACUCUGAGUUAUAAUUCAUAACAACUAGUAUCACAACGGCUGACUCCCGCCGGCCGUCCCACCGUCGCGAGGCCUGGCCACGUCACCGAGAGGUGCGGGCGCUGCCGCCGUCGCCGCUGUCGCCGCUUGCGCCUCAAAAUUGGUUUUAGGCCACUCUUAGGAAUCAGAGUGCCAAAAAAAAAUUACCCUGCCGGUCAGAGUACAAUUUUUCUCAAGUCUGAUUCAGCAGGGUAGAACAUUCGGCACUCUGGGUGCUCAGGGUAAAAAAAGCAGAACCCAGUU